AUGGAGUUUGGUCGUUGGUCGAGUGAAGCUGUGAACAAGUACUUGAAAGGUGUCACUUUGAAAAACUCCCCUCUUUAUGCAAAGACUAUGACCAAGUAUGUCAACCUAUCUAUGGGCCACUCUACAGAGACUGGUAGCGCAGCUACUACUGCUGCCAACGCCCUGAGGGCUGAAGAGACGUUAUGA